AUGCGCUGUCCGCCGCCGCCGCCCCCAGGGCCACCGCCGCCGCCGCCGCCGCCGCCGCCCCGCGUGCAAUUCGGUCGGCGCGGGCGCGGGCGCGGGCGCGCGUUGCCUUUCUAUCCCCGCGCGCCCGCGGGCGAAGGCGCCCCGGGCGGCAUACUCGCCGGGCCGGGCCGCCGCCCCUCGCUCAACCCUCGCCGCGCCCCCUCGCUGGCGUUCGCGCGCGGCGCCCACUCGCCGCGGACGGCGGCAGAGCCCGAUGACGGGAGCGGCGGCGACGGUGGAGGCUGCGGUGCCAGCCAUGGAGACGGUAGCGUCGGUGCGGAGGGCGAGGAUAAGGAGGGAGAAGGGCGGGGACGGCCUCCAGGGUCGCCACCCGCGUUCUCCGAGGUCGCGCGCGUCGGCUGCUCGCGUUGCCAACUGGCACAAAUGUCAAAUCAGCAAAAGAACAAGUGUCCAUCCACAUCUUUCAAUAAGUUAGAUUUGGAGGAUGACAGUAAGAUUAAGAGUGUGCGCACGUGCCACAGAGCAGGCAAAUCGCGCCCUGGCGCCGGUGUCGGAAUGACUGGUCGGCGGCGCGGGGUCCCAGCGACAGCAGCGCGAAGCAAGGGAGGUCCGACGGAGGCAGUGAAAGGUGCAGAAGUCGAUACUGUGAGAAGAGAUCCGUUAGGCACUGGAGAUGGGAAUGACCUGAUGUCUUUGCGUCAACGAUGCAACCAUAACCGUACACCUCACACUGAUCACGGCUCCCGUCAUCACAUGCGCCGCGUCCUUCAUCUAAUUGUUAAAACCAUCCCUGCUAUUCCUGCAACCUAUUCUCUUUCUGCACAAGCCUUCCUCCCCACGAUCACCACCAAAGCCGUCGGCCACCAAACCGACACCAUCACCUCCGCUGCAUCAGCUUUUCUUGUCUCCGCCACAGUGGAGCGGCGAGCUCACUCGUCAAUGCCGUCAAUUAACGGCCUCAUUAUGAAGUCUCCGAACGACGCGGGGGGAGUGGUAGAGUGGAGUGGAGUGGAGUGGAGCGAGUCUAAAGAGGAAGAAAGAAGGACAGAAGAAGUAGGUGGUGAAGUAGGAGUUGGAGGUAGAGGAGGAGCAGGAGCAGAAGGAAGAAGAAGAAGAACAAGACGAGGAGGAUGGGUCAGAGGUGCAAGGAAACAAAGAGGAUGUGGAGAGGAACUUAAUGAAGAAGAGAAACAGAAUGAGAACGAUGAGGAGGAAGAGAAUGAAAACAUGUUCGACCCCGUUGGGAACCCCUGGUUUAACCGCAACGCCGGGCCAGGAGCGAGGGCCGAGGCGCGGUGGCAGGAGGAGGGGGCGGACGGCAGGGAUUGGGGCGAGGAGAAAGGGCGGGAGACCCUGCUGCAGAGAACUGCUUUUAAAAUGUUUCACAAUGAGCCGUAG